AAGCUAGUGGAAGAGUAACAGCAACAUUGUAUGUUGGUUCCAGGCGGAGCGAUGAUAUGUAUUACGUUGACGAAAAUGGUUCUUACGGUGCUAGCGGCUAUCGUUCUAUCUCCAUAUGUCAUCCAACGGGCCUGCACAGCGCGGGCCACGCGGCCCAGUGCCUCUGUUUGCAUGCAUCGCUACAACCCCCCUAAAUAAUAAUGACCAGCGGCAUGUCAACAGAACAUUCAACCUUUAACCGAUUUUAACUGGUUCUACCACAAUGGCACUUCAACAAACUUUGUACUUACAUCAUAACAUAACAUUCAGAUUCUGACUCUAUGCUUCCGUUUCCAUAGUUAAACCAAGCUACAAUUACAGACCAUGACCAUUUCAAAAUUAUAAAGAAAUUACUAGAUCACAAUGACUGGCAAUAGAAUAAUCCCGAACUCGUUCCAUUUCACUACUCAUAAGUUUCAGUAAACCAAUUACCUGCUUACUCAUUUAGAAGAUAUUUACAUAUAUACUCAUAACGAAAUCACCUGAAAACCAACAUCGUGGUACGAGGCAGGAUGCAAGCUCGCAUAUAUCACGGCAAGAAGGCACAUGCUCGCGAGUGCAAGUGCAGAAGGUGCUUCAACCUCGGCUGCGUCACGUUGUGUUGCGGCUGUCACUGCGCGUGUAAAAGAACUACGGAUAACCCGAUAACCUACUGAAGAUAUGGGGGAGAUCACAAGCUUGGGAGCCAUGGCGAAUGUGGUGCUGGUGCUCUGCAUGCUGGCCGGAGCUCAUCAGGUUUCGGCGGGUUGCAAACACUGUUCCAUGCAGGCCGCUGGUAAAGAAGAGAAGGCCAUGUUCCGCACCCACUCUGACGCCUGCUUGGCCACAUCCAAAGCUGACCCCGCGCAAGUAGACGCUCUGAGCCGCGGAGAAUUCCUGGACACGCCACAGCUGAGGGCCCACGUGCACUGCGUGCUCAUGAAGUGCAAGGUGGUCGGCAAAGACGGCAAGCUGCAGAAGACUGCGGUCCUUGACAAGCCAUCUAUGCGCGGAAAUGGAAAGGACGUCGCCAAGAUCCUGGAGAACUGCGCCGAGCACCAAUACGGCGACACGCCCGAGGAUCUGACCUGGAACCUAUUCCGAUGCGCGUACGACAAGAAAGCUAUCCUCUUCGACUACAUGCCCAACGCAACCAGCUCUCUGCAAGCGUAGCGUCGAAUAAUACACGAAAGACAUCGUUCUCUUGCUAUUGGCUCAUCGCUAAAUACCGCCUCUGCUAUACUGUGCUACUCUGUGUCCUGUUAUCAUUUCCGAUACUUCCCUGAAUUAUGAUUACCUUUACUCUGUCAAGAAUGUAAAUUCGUAGUGUUUCCCUCAAGUAAAAUCAUAUUAAAAA